AUGGUUCAAUACGUCUUUACGCCGUGGCGCGACCGCUACGAACUGUUGCUCGUGCGGGAACAGAUGUACACAGGCAUCACAACCAACGUUCGAGAUCCAAAACAGAAGCUGGGACAAGACGCCAGUGGCAGCAGCGAAGACAUGCAAAUACGUCAAGAUAUCGACGACAAAGAAACAAGGGCACGACAGCACCAAGCGGUUGCGCGUGUAUCGAUGUGGAUGCAGCGAGGAAAUUGCCCUCACCUCAUCGAGUCGACGGCGCUUUUGAUGGCUGCCAUGUUGAGUGAUCGAGAGGCAGCCACUAGAGAAAAUGCAGCCUCUUCGGCAUAUGCCAUUCGAGCAACGUAUUCAGCAGCAUUCAGCAGAUUUGUUACCGGCCUCCUCGACAGUCACCAGGAUAAGCAGCGCAAGCAAAGUAUGUACUCAGUUGCAGACACAAUAGGCCUGCCUGCCACUUUUGUUGAACUACGCCAUCAGUGCACGCACGAGCAGUUACCCUCGUUGGCAAAGCUACGCACAGCGGCCAGAAAAGCGUUGCUGUGGAUCUGGGAUUACCAUUGGAAGCAGCUGGACGAGGACAGCAGCGAUCCGUGUCGUAUGACAAUACUUCGGUAUCUCAAAGAAGGAGAUGAGACUAAAUUGGGGGCUAUACUUGACGAUUUUGAGCGUUGGCCCAAGGAGCGUCUACUCAAGACGAUUCAAGAGUUGACGCAGCAGUUGAAAGGUGCAGAAGAAGAUAAGAAGGCGACAAAGCCUGGCGCUAUGGAUACGACAAUGAAGGACCAUGAAGUUGACACUGUUAAUGUUGUUGAGGAGGAGGAGGACGAUGACUUUGCUCAUUCGACAUUCUCCUCCAUUGAUACAUCCACUUGCAACUCGACAUCUGCCUCUGACUCAAGUCCUAUGUAUAGACUCGCGGCAAGCCGGCCAUUUCUCAAACAGAAGAUUGGAUAUUUAUCAACUGCUGGUCGCACCGAUUCUGAAGGAUGCCAUUCAAGCGGGCAAGAUCAACUUGACAGCUAUUGUCAACACCCACCACUUGCCGAACUCGGUACCCCCAAGUUGGAUAUCAUCGGUGGCAAAGACUGCGAGGGCGUGACCAAGACUCCUGUUCACGGUGAGACCUUCAAGCUGGGUGACAUCACCUUUAAAGGUGUGCACACGCCGUGCCACACCCAAGACAGCAUCUGCUUCUUUGCGCAAGACGGAAACGACAAGGCUGUUUUUACUGGCGAUACUUUGUUCAUUGGAGGGUGUGGACGAUUCUUCGAGGGUGAUGCCAAGGAGAUGCACGAGGCUCUGAACGAACGCCUCGCAGCGUUGCCCGAUGACACCGUUGUCUAUCCUGGACACGAGUACACCAAGGCCAACGUCCAGUUCGCCGCAUCUGUUUCUCAGCGUGAGGCUGUGCAGAGCCUGCACUCAUUUGCCGAGAACAACAAGGUUACCACUGGCAAGUUCACCAUUGGAGAUGAAAAGGAACACAAUGUGUUUAUGAGGGUUGAGGACCCUGAGAUUCAGAAGCAGACGGGCGAAACCGAGCCCGUGGCAGUUAUGGCCAAGUUGCGUGAGAUGAAGAACAACUUCAACCCAGUCGACCGUCUGAUUUCGCCUCCAAAGCGCAAAACACCCGCCGCCAGCGGAAGCGCUGCGCCCAAGACGCGCCAGUCCAAACUCGCAAAGGAGCACAACGUCACGCCACAAGAAGAGGGUGAGAUUCGUGAGGCAUUUAGCCUCUUCGCGGAGCCUAUGGAUGGAGAGAAGUACGGUGUUUUACCCAUUGACGAUGUCAAGUCUGCGCUCAUAGCCCUCGGCGUCCCACCUUCCUCGCAUGCAGAGCUCAAGGAGUUUGUUUCGAUCCUCGACCCCGAUAACGACGGCUACGCGACUUUUGAACCCUUCUUCGCCAUCUGCGCCCUCAAAUUUCACACAAGAGAGCACGACUCGGAUGCCCAUCGUGCAGAAGUCGAGGAGGCUUUUCGACUUUUCACAAACGGACAGGAUGGACCGAUCACGCUGGGGCACUUAAGGCGCGUAGCAGCCGUGCUGAAAGAGGAUGUGGACGAGGAGCUGCUCAAGGAUAUGAUUCUCGAGGCCAACGGAGGCGUGGGUGUUGCUCGAGGUGUAGGCGCUGAGGAGUUUGAUCGAGUUAUGAAGAGUGCUGGUGUCUGGAGGUGA